AUAGAUAGAUAGAUAGAUAGAUAGAUAGAUAGAUAGAUGUAAUAACAAAUUACAUAAAACAUGCGUUUAUAGUAACGUUCGCAGCUCUACAUCGGCGGCUGGGUGCGCACAAGGCACAAUAAAUGAAACCUAUCUUCAUAAGAAAGUGCGUAAUUCAGCUGGAAAAAAAUCGGCUCCGGUGUCAUGGCAACGGCUUCAAACGUCACGGGGAGGUGCAGGACCCUGCAUCUGGAUCACGAGCAUAUAGAGCGGCGAUUGCAUUGAAACUCUUUCUAAAAAACGGGCGGGCCUCAGCAGCGCGGGUGUUGGUCAGAUGCACAAUUACAUACACUUUUUAAUUCGCUGGAUAUUAAAGUUUCUCCGUGUCAGAGGCAUUGAAGUGUCUAGGUCGCUAUGCAGACGUUUUACGAGUCACGUGAAACUUGCUAGUUUUUAUAGUGCUAGUCAAAAUGUGGCCUACAGCAAACGUUUACAUGUUAAUGAGGUAGAAAGCGUAUUUACGUUUUUAUCCCCAAUUCAUCUUGUUGAUCCAGCGGAAACCGUGAUUCAUUGAUGAGCAUGAGCGAUCAGAAGGUACACGUUACUUUUCUCAGCGCUUGUUAGAAUGGACCAAUCAGAGUCAACGGUGCGCACUCGAUUUGUGAUUUUAAAUAAUAAACUUAUGGACUAAGCUUUAGGGCAUUUCUAUUUGUAUUCCCGAUAUUAAUGCACUGUUUUAUAAAACGUAAAACGAUUAAACAUAUCAGAGCGAAAAUGCCUCUAACAAGUCACAAAACGUCCUGAAAUCUGAAUGCGUCUUAAUAGUGAAUUGGCUUUCUUGGCCCUCCAAGUGCCCCCUAGCGGAAUAACGAGGUAUCGUCCCGUAUCAACAGUAACCGAGCAGCAUUGUCAGCCCAGUCAUCUGUAACAGGGGAGGGCACGGGGAGCAUUCUUUACUCCAAGCACAGUGUAUGGCGUCAAAGGACUACAUAGGGACCAUCUGUGUCAUCGUAGCGCAUACUCGUUUUUACUGUGAUACGGACACGGGAGACACUGACAAGGGAUGAAUUCUCUUCCACCCCGUGGAUGCGCCCUAACCGUGUCCAAUGGAUCUCCCCGGCAUCAGCAACGCGACCGCGGACAACAUGUCGGGCUCGGGCUUCAUUUUAGAGAUUGUGACCAUCAAACCCGUUGUAAACAGCCUGAGCACGCAGGCCGGCAACUACACAGCCGGGAGCGAGGCGCCCAGCGACACCCCGGUGAGGAGCUCGGAGGGGAACUCGGUUCUCCAGGGCAUCGCGGUGGCCGCGCAGGCGCUGCUGCUCCUGGCCAUCUUCUUGCUGUCUAGUCUGGGCAAUUCGGCGGUCGUAGUGGUUAUAAUCAAACACAGGCAGCUGAGAACGGUCACGAACGCCUUCAUCAUGUCCCUGUCCCUCUCCGAUUUCCUCACGGCCGUUCUUUGUUUACCCUUCUCCUUCAUGAUGCUCUUCAGCAGGGACGGCAAGUGGAUGUUCGGGGAGCCCUUCUGCGUCGCCAACGGCUUCUUCAACACCUGCUUCGGUAUCAUCUCCACCCUGACCAUGACCCUCAUCUCGUUCGACCGCUAUUACGCCAUCGUCAGGCAGCCGCAAGCCAAAAUCGGGCGCAGGAGAGCGAUCCAGCUCCUGGCGGCCGUUUGGUUUUCCGCGGUGGUCUUCUCGUUUCCCUGGUACCUGCUCGUGGAGACCUCCAGGCGCUUGGUGGUGCACAAACAGGGCUUUUACCAUUGCAUGUACGUGUUCCACUCUGGCACCUCCAGGAUGGGCACCGCGUACAGCGUAGCUUUGAUAGUAGCGUGUUACCUGCUCCCCUUCGCCCUCAUGUGCUUCUGCCACUACAACAUCUGCAAAACCGUCCGGCUGUCGGAGAUCAGGGUGCGGCCGGUGACCACUUACGCGCACCUGCUGCGCUUCUACAGCGAGAUGCGCACCGCCACCACCGUGCUCAUCAUGAUCGUGUUCAUCAUCUUCUGCUGGGGGCCCUACUGCCUGAUGGGCAUCAUCACCGCGCUCGGGAGCUACUCCUUCAACCCUGCCAUGGACACCGUGGCCAUCUGGAUGGCGUGGGCUAACGGUGCCAUCAACCCGCUCAUUUACGCCAUAAGGAACCCGAAUAUAUCCAUGCUGUUGGGCCGGAGCAGAGAGGAGGGAUACAGGACUAGAAACAUCGCCGCGUACCUGUCCACGCAGACGCAGCGCAGGGACGCGGUCCGGAACCGGGCGGACCGGAUUAGAGACCGGUACGUGAGCCGCCACGGCGCGAACAGCCGUUUGUCUUCCUCUAGCCCGGCCAACGGGGGAGAUGUGGCCAUGUGGGCCUGUAAAAACCCGGCGGUGUUCUUCUGUAGAGAUGCGCAUCCGGAUACGAUCACUGAGCCCGCGGUGCCCAAAGUUGAGACUGCUGACACGAGUUUAUAACGCGCUCACACUUUACGACGGGAGGUGCUACAGGGGUACAGCGGCGCUUAAAAGUCUAACAUUUGGUUUAUUGCAUCGGAGAACAAAAUGUCAGGUUUAAACAUUCACCACAAACUUUCCUAACGCAAUGAUACCAAACACAUCGAGUGUAACUGAUUUACGAUGUAACUUUUUCUUUUCGAUUCGUUUACUUUCAAACUCACUUCGACAUAGCCUACAUAUAUAUUUUUAUAU